GCAUUUAAACCAGUCGAGAGGGCGGAGCUGUUUGUAAACUCACGUUGCUCUCUGUGCAAUCCAGUUUCCAAAACAACAGAAAUAUAAGCUUAGGUUUCUCUCGCCAAGCGUCGUUUCAUACACAAGCUUUAUCAAGAGAAGGAGUUUGAAGAGAAUUGUUUUCGUUAUUGCCUGGAUCAGGGCUGUACCGAUGGACUGAAAUCCAACAAAUUGGACCACCAGAGAAGAUCCAACAUGGGCAACAAACGGAAAGCCUCCAGUGAGAUCGACAGAGAUUCAGAUGCCAGCUCAGGAUAUUUUAGUGCUUUGGACCAGACAGAAUUGGAAGACGCAGGACCAACCAGUACUGCAACACAAAGCAUGCCGACAGCUCCUCGGGUGUCUUUCAUUCCUGGCUCACAUCCAGGAGUCUCUCCCAUGAUCGUAAUGAACAACCUUGUUCUCAAGCAGCGUAACUCUGUGGCCCCUGCAUUAAAACCUUGGUGCUUAAACACUUCACUGGAUGUGGUUCCUCAGUCCCAGCUGCUUUUCCUACAGCCAGUCAUGCCAGAUGGUGACUGUACCGGCCAAAGCUCUGAAGAGCAGAAACAUUCCAGAAAGCAUGUUCCCAUCCAAAACACCUGUCCAAAAAUGUCCCCACAUCUUGCACAAGGGUCUACAGUUAACGAAGGUCCCAGUGCCAUCAAUAAGAGGUCAAACCACAGUCAUGCUGGAAGACAUCAACGACGCCGUUAUGAUGAAAAACCUUUCCAUACUUCCUCUUUGAAACAGGAUGUGUCCGAGACAUUUAAAGAUUCCGAUGUAGACCCCAACAUUGCUUCUUUGGGAGAAAUUGGUCAUGCUAUUGAAGACGUGGCUGUGGAAAACUCCUCAUCCAGGCUUUCUGACCUUCAGGAGCCCCACACCACCACUUCACCAUUCUCACUUUGCACUGACUCCUUCCUCGCUUCAUUCCCUCAAAAGAGUCCCAAAGCUUCAGUCACCCAGAGCAGUGAUAUGGAGAAUAUCCCAGAGGCCCUCUCUCCAAGCUCCAGCAAACGCGAACGCUUCUGCAACACCUAUAACAUUUUGAAUCGGUCAGGCCUGCUGGGUAUCACACUGCGCACAAAGGAACUUAUUCGACAAAAUAAACGUUCCCAGGCCCAGCUUCAGAGUCUGCAGGCUCAGACUGACCUCUUCUUGGAGGCCAUGUGUAGUGGAGAUCCCAAAGUCUGGACGAGAUUGCAGCUUAUCCUCCAGAACUCUGGAAACAGCGAAGAGACACCCGUGGACCCACUGGUGGACUCUGUAAGGGCUGCAGAGCAGGAUAUCACAGAUGUGGGUUGUAAGGGGUAGUAGCAAAUUCGGAUUUUAUUAUUUCAGCUGUUGUAUUCUGCGGUUUUCUAGAAUAGCCACCUUUGCUCCAUCCGCCACUUUUCUAAUCAGUCGCUUAGCAAAUUUUCAACAUCUUGUCAUAAUAUCAGUAGGAAACAUCAAAGAUUUGAGUCUUGGGUAGAGUCCAGAGAUCUAGUUAUCACUCCAAGCAUUGUCUAUCCAACAUUAAUCAUCAUUAUCCUUGUUUCAAAAGUAUAUAAAAACAGUGUUUAGGUUACAUUUGCACCUUUUUCUAAAUAAAGUGAUACAGUGAUUCAGAAUUUAUUAGCAAACUCAAUUUGAAAAGAACGCUAUUAACUGUUCUGAUAUUUCAAUCUAACUGGUUACUAUUUGGAAAGAAGGCCUUGGAAAACCAGAACUGGAAUGCAAAAAUAGUUUCUGCUCAGAAUCAAACAAAAUGGAAAAGUUAUUUUCUAAUCACUGUAACUAAAAAAUGCCUUUAACAAAUGAUAAAGAUAUGAGUACUUAUACUUAAGUGCAUAAUAAUGAUUUUUUUUUUUCAGAUGAAAAUGUGAAAUUCAGUAUCAUCCUCAUGAAUAUUUGGCAAUUUGUAGAAAUGUGUUUGUAAUAAUAUUGUUUGUGUGUGUUUAAUGUGUUCUCAAAUGCAUCUCCAAGUAAAUGUUUUUGUUGUUAUCUAUGAGAAAGACCAAUGGACGUUAAAGAGUAAGGCUACUAAUAACCGUUUGUUCUGGUCAGAAUGUAUUUGAAGUAGCAUUUCAGAUGUGGUUGUUAUUUGUAAUGCCUUGAUGUAUUAUUAAGUGAGUUGUUUACAUUCUUAAUGGAGGGUGUGAUUUUCGUUAGGAUUGGAUGUGAAUGAGCGAAAUUGGCAAAGGUACAAUUUUUUUUUUUUCUUUAGCAAUCUGUCAUAUUGCAUGCAUACAGACUGUUUAUUGUGUUUGGAAAGCAGGUACUAAUAAGCUUUGAUGACAGAGGUCAGGUUUAAUGAAGUAAUGAAUGCACUGAAUGAAUGUGAUAGCAUGUACACUGUGCAAGUGUACUUUGCUGUACAAAUGUUCUUUUUUUUCUUUUUUUUUCUUUUUUUUUGUCGUUUUCUGGAUUGCAUUUGUAUUUGCUUUCCAAAAUUAUAAACACAUUGUGUUGAUUUAUCAGAACCCGAUACUAAAUGACACAUUUUUGCUGUAGAAAUCUAUGCAAUAGUCUUGUUUAGUUUUAGCAUUGUACUGAAGUGCAGUUUUGUAUUCUGUAGGUGUCGUUUGACUCUUUAUGUGCCUUCAAAAAUAAAGGCAUUUUAAAUAUAUAUUCAAGCUGUGCCCUGGUUAUUAGUUAUUUUAAGUUUGAACAAUUUGUUCAGUAAAUCAUAAAUUAACAUGUUUUAAGAUUGAAGCUGAUCUCCAAGAAAAGCCCUCAAGGUUGUUUUUUGGUUAAAGUCAUUUUAUAUAAAGAUAAUGGUGGUAACCUAAUUAGUUACAAAUUAAUCAAUCACAGAAAAAUAUUCAUCAACAGAAAAUGUUCAUCAUCAUUGCAUGCCAUAUUUUUCAUGCAUCAAAUACAG